CAGUUUCGUGGAUUAUUAUGGGAUCGCUGGAGUUUGUCGCGUCGCGUCGCGUCGCGUCGCUCGCUUGUAUCAUGUGAUAAGGGCUGGAAUUUGACACCUCAGGGGUUGAAAACUCUCAUGUGUUUAUGGGACUUGAUUUUGGCACAGGCUCCUGCGUUUAGAGUGGAGAGCGUCUCCUGAGGAACUACCGCGCGCGGGCUGUCCUGGACCUGAACGCGCCUGAUCUUGCGUUUAAGACGCAUCUGAGUCAGUCAAGACACCCCUAGUUUCUGGUCGCUCAGGACAAUUUUAUGUGAAAAACGUGGAUGUUCAGAAUUAUGCAUCUUCACUACAAGGAGAGGUCGAGAGGAAACAUUUUAAGGAAUACAUUUUCAUUAUCUGUGGAUUAUUUUCACUUGUCAGUUUCUUAAUUUAUUUCACUCAAGUCCAUGACAGGAGAGGUCGAUCAGGACAGAAAAGAUGGCAAAGGGUGGAGAUGUCCGGAGAAUUGCAUGGCCGCACUUGCCCGAUGUCACCUGAGAAACUGGAAGGUGAUGCUGCUGGUGUUUGUAUGUUUUCUGGGUCUGGUUGAUGGACAUUUCCUGCAGGAGGAGACAGAAGAACCCCGUCCUAGCAAACUGAGAACCUUUUCAAACCAUCCAGAACGUCCAGGACUGCAGAAAGACAUAGAUGAGAGGCAGAGCAGAGCAUCAUGGACAGGAUUGCAUGACCCAUCGCUAGCCGAAGAAGGUGAGGGUCAUCGAAUCCGUUGGCAGCGCUCCUCUACAAACACCUCCAGUUUGCGGAAAUCUCCCAAGAAUCGCAAGGAACGUCGCAACCGCACACGAGGCCGGAGCAGCCAGGACUGUCGUUUGGAGAGGAAGGAGAUGAGGGUGCGUGAUCUCGGCCUCGGUUACGACUCGGACGAGAUCGUUCUGUUUAAGUACUGCGUGGGGACGUGCAUGAGCGCCCGUAAGAACUACGACCUGGCCCUGAAAGUGCUAACAGAUAACGGCAGCGUUCCAAGCCGUAAAGUGAGCACUCACCCCUGCUGCAGACCGACGCGCUUCGAGACUGUCUCUUUCAUGGACGCCCAGACGAGCUGGCAAACCAUCAAAUGGCUUUCAGCAGCCAACUGCAGCUGUGUGGGAUGAGAGAACCGAGGAAACACAGCCGGUAAAGUCAAUCCAAAGCUCCGGUGUAGAACGAAAGGGAAUUCCACUGCAAGGAAUCUGUGAUGCAGCACUCCUGGUGAUGAGAGCUUCGACAGUGCGGUGCAAACGCAGCGGAUCUGCCGUCGUGAGCACAGGAACCACAGGAAUAAAGGACGUCCUGCAGGGUAACUGUCAGAAAGCGUGGAAGUCUGCAUCAUCUGACCUCGGAGAGCUAAAAACUACCUGUGAAGCGAGUCCUCAGAAACAGUAUCUGCUCCAGACUGCAGCUCUACAUGGAAAGUUUGUGAAAAGUAACUUGAAGGCCUACAUUUCACAUUAUGAGAUUGAGUAUUCAGUAUGUUUUAAGAAUGACGUGAAUACCAUGAAGGUUCAUUUUAACAGAUCAGAAGGUGCUUUAAUUCACUUAUCAGCUUAGCAUGUGUUUUUGUUAUACACACGCUUUCCUUAAGCCAAGAGCACACUGCAAGACUGAAGCGCGUCACCUAUUUAUGUUUACGAUAAAUUGUUCUAAACACAGGCCAAACAUUUGUGCUGAACGCAAUUAACAUGCAGCAAUUCCCCAUUUUGCAGGCUGGUUCUGAAUGCUAAGUCGUGGAUUUCUGCACUGCAAUGAUCGGCUCUUUAGAAUGAUGAAAUCGUGCUCGAUUACACUGCAUGUCUGGACGUAUGCCCGGUUUUUACGCUCUCCUCCAUCAUCUGAUCAUCAUUAGAUGAAUUACUGCUGCCAUGAUCGCUAGGAAAUGUACACAAACUAUUUUUAACUCUUUUCAACUCUUUGCUCUUUUAAACAAAGUUCCGCCAGCUUUCCAUAUGCAGAACAAGCUCAAGCAUUGAAUUUUGUGAAUGUUUUAUUUUUAUAAUAAGCUUUUUUUUUUUACAUAGAAAUGAGCUGUGCUUGCAUUUAUAAGAAAUGACGAUGAACUAAUUUACAAUACUGUUCAAA